UGCGGUGUUUGAUGGUUCGGGUUCCGUUGCGUGUAGAUGUGGGUGUGGGGAUCGGCGGGCGUGUGCAUGCGUGGGUGUGCGGCAGAGGCGUGAGGGGUCUGCCUACGGCGCGUCCCGUUGCUGACGGACGUACGUAUGGUCGAGCGUGUGGGGCUCGUCGGCCGUGCCCCGCGAGGCCGACCUACGCCGAUGCACGAACACACGCACCCCACCAGCCGUCCACUUUAAUAUCGCUAAUAGGAUUGGUGGUGCAGCCCAGGCAGUGCAGGGCGGCCCCGGCCCUCCAGGCAUGGCAGUGUGACCAGGUACCUCUUCCAGUGCCUUACCUGUGUAGACUUGUGUGCCGCCCUUCUACACUGCCUAUUAAUCGCCUUCGCCGCCGCCUUCGCCGCCGCCGCCGCCUCCACUACCGCGUGCACGUCUUGCAGCCAAGAUGAGACUUCACAAGUUACGAUAACAAUCGGUUGUGAGCUUACGUGGCGCGCGAGCUUCCGUCUCCAGGUGUCGCGGAUGCCGUCCAGGCGCCAUCAUGUCAAAGUGUGAUAAUUACCUCAAGCAGCAAGUGCCGGGCGCCUGCACGGAACGCCUGCGUCUAUACUAGUGCUCUGACAAGCAUGUGUUUUGUGUAACGGGGUGAGUGCGUUCAGCAGCAACAUGCCCACAUACGAGGGGCAGAGCCAGGGCGACCGCCUGUCGCCGGCGGGCAACCUGGGUAACUUCGGGGAGUACCCGCCGCGCCGGAGCCGCCUGUGCCGCAACAAGAGCAUCUCGAGCUCCGUGCUGCCCACCAUCAGCAUCAUGGUGGACCAGUCGUCGGUGGCCUCGUCGAUGGACGCGCGGGACGGCCGCGGCGGGCGCAGGGAGUCCAUGAGCUCCCAUGUGCUAAAUCACGCCUACACCUGCAACUCCAUCGCGGAGUCGCACCAGUCGUACCACUCCCAUCCGAACCUCAACUCCGACCUGCUGGAGGGGACCAUGUACACGCGGCCCGUCAAGAAGAAGUUCAACGAGAACUUCCUCCACGACGGCUACGUGGCCUCCCGCGCCGUCACGCCCUCCAACGCCAAUCACAUCCGCUCCUCGUUCCUUGCGCUCUUUACCAAGAGAAGUAUACCGCCUCCGCCCAAACACAAGAACCAGCGAGAUGAAGAGUACGAGUUGGACCCCAGUGAGUCGGGUUUUAAGGUCAACCUUGAACAGUCCCAUCAAGGACCACCGAACCCUCACCCGGACCCCACGACGGACUGUACCAUUCCGUCCACACUCGCUGCGGCUCAGGUCCUUUCCCUCGGUGCCGACGUCCUUCCGGAAUAUAAACUCCAGUCGCCGCGGAUACACAAAUGGACGAUCCUACACUAUUCCCCGUUCAAGGCGGUGUGGGAUUGGAUCAUCCUUCUCCUGGUCAUCUAUACGGCUAUCUUCACGCCUUACGUGGCCGCCUUCCUUCUCAACGAGCAGGAGGAACGCAGAAAGAAUCACCAGAACCAAUACGAUAAUCCUAUUGUUAUUAUAGACCUUAUUGUUGACAUCAUGUUCAUGGUUGACAUUGUGAUCAACUUCCGUACGACUUACGUCAACCACAACGACGAGGUGGUCUCUCAUCCGGGGAAGAUCGCCCUGCACUACCUGCGGGGUUGGUUCCUCAUCGACGUUGUGGCUGCGAUUCCCUUCGACCUCCUGCUGGUCAACCCGGAUGCAGCAUCAGAGCAGGAGGCAGAUGAUGAAAAGACCACAACCCUCAUCGGUCUGCUGAAGACGGCGAGGCUCCUCCGUUUGGUCAGAGUUGCGCGAAAGAUCGACAGAUACUCUGAAUAUGGCGCGGCUGUCCUACUCCUGCUCAUGGCGACCUUUGCGCUCAUCGCCCACUGGCUCGCGUGUAUUUGGUAUGCCAUUGGAAACGCUGAGCGGCCAGGGCUCCUCCAUAAGAUCGGAUGGCUGGACCACCUCGCCAACGCGACGCACCAGUACUACUACAGCAAUAGUACGGGCGGACCAACACUGAGGGCAAAGUACGUGACUGCGCUGUACUUCACGUUCAGUAGUCUUACGUCUGUGGGCUUCGGGAACGUGGCGCCAAAUACAGAUGCCGAGAAGAUAUUCACCAUUCUAGUUAUGCUGAUCGGCUCUCUCAUGUACGCCAGUAUCUUUGGAAACGUUUCGGCUAUCAUCCAGCGGCUCUAUGCGGGAACAGCACGGUACCACACGCAGCUGAUGCGGGUAAAGGAAUUUAUCCGCUUCCACCAAAUUCCCAAUCCGCUCAGACAAAAGUUAGAGGAAUAUUUUCAGCACGCCUGGUCUUAUACGAAUGGGAUAGACAUGGGAGCGGUGAUGAAGAUGUACCCAGAGUGCCUUCAGGCCGAUAUUAGCCUGCACCUCAACCGUAACCUCUUCGAAGCUUGUCCGUCUUUCGAAGGAGCAAAGCCAGGAUGUUUAAGAGCACUUAGCAUGAAGUUCAAAACUACACAUGCUCCACCGGGGGACACUUUGGUCCAUCGGGGUGAUGUCCUUACCUCCAUGUACUUCAUUUCAAGGGGUUCCAUCGAGAUCCUCAAAGACGAUGUUGUUAUGGCAAUCUUAGGUAAAGAUGAUAUAUUUGGCGAGAAUCCUUGCAUCUACCCAACGAUAGGGAAGUCGUCCUGCAACGUCAGAGCGCUUACGUACUGUGACCUUCAUCAAAUCAUGAGAGAUGAUAUCUUGGAUGUCCUCGACUUGUAUCCAGAAUUUGCGGACGAUUUUUCCCGCAAUUUGGAGAUUACGUUCAAUUUGAGAGACGAGGAAGCACAAGGCGUCGACCCACUGCUCCUACACAAGAAGUGCCGUCUGUCCCGGUCUCGCAGCCACUCGCAGGACACCGAGGACCCCAGGCGCACCGCGUUCAGACCUCCGCGACACCGAAGGAGGCGCUACGUACAGCCUGGUUCCAGCGGAGAGGAGAGUGACUCUGAUGACAAACACCUUGACUCUGGGCGAGGUGUUGGUGAAUUCUCACCUGACAAAGUAGGGCCAGAUGGGAGUCCAAUAAACCAACAUUUCGACCAUAAACAACGUUCAGGAACCCUCAACUCCAUAACUGGAGCCCUCUCGAGUAUGACCUCAGCCUUGGGUGUUGGAGGUCGAGAGUCAAGAUCUACGUCCAGAUGCUCAUCUCCAGGGCCCCAUGGAAAAGAGGAUGCCCCACUCCUCAUGAACGCGGCCCCUAUUGCAGGUAGCACCAGUCCUGAGCGACGUCAUCACCAUGCCCGUCACUCCAGUUUGACCUUACCUGUUGAGGGUCACCCCAACACCGCCCAAACACAUGCCCGUGAUGUCGUAGAGGUCAACAGCCGCCUAGAUGCGCUCACCAGACAAAUGCAACAUCUUGAGGCACGGGUGACUUCAGAUAUUGCUCAGAUCCUGCUUCUCCUUCAGCAACAGCAGCAGCAUCAACAAAACCAGCAGAAUUCAGUCUCACCGUCCCAGUUGGACUCUGAUCAGAGUCCUGAGCGUCGUCGUGGUGGUGUGGGCAUCCCCCGAAGUGGAAGCGGAAGAGAAAGCCGGGUAUUCCGACGGGCAGCGUCUCUACAUGACGAGCCUCCACACUACUCUAGGCAUCACUAUCGUUCUUUAGAGAUCACACGUCCACCGGUGGAAGAUCUCCUUGGUCAGUCUGGCGACGGCCCUUCAAACCAAGGUCUCGAUUUCCGGGAAGUCAGCAGCGGUCUUGUUGGGGUCAGUGGGCCAGGUCGGGGGGGUGCGGGUAUGGCCACUAGACCAUGCCCCUCUAUGCCUCUCACCCCUGACCUUGACCCAGAUGCACUCAGGCCCUCCCCCCCUCGUAGCCAGUCCCAGCCCUCUGACCUUACCCAGGCCCGGUGGCGUCGUAAGUGCCGCUCACCCCUGCAAGGAGCAGCCAUCGAUCCGUGGGCACCCCGUCGAGAGGACUCCAGGGGCUCCGAGCCCGAAUCCUGGGGCGACUUCAGAUCUCUCACCGAAGCGCCCAUCGCUAGACUAGAGUCGCUCGACGAGAUGGAGUCGUUGUCUGAGCGAUCCCGAGAGGCCAGCCCUGGAACCAGCAAAGUCCAGCUCCCAGACACCCCAAAGACUGAAUCGGAUGUUUAGAGGUAUCGCAAUCGCACCCGAAAGACCAUAGACCGGAAGUAUGGAUAGAUCUGACCUUUAGCCUCGUCAAUUUUCUCUCUCUCUCUCUCUCUCUCUCUCUCUCUCUCUCUCUCUCUCUCUCUCUCUCUCUCUCUCUCUCUCUCUCUCUCUCUCUCUCUCUCUCUCUCUCUCUCUCUCUCUCUCUCUUUCUCAGACUCUUCACACAAGGAAUCAACAGCAGAGCUGUUUUCUCCUUUUUUCUCUUUGUCUUUUUUUUUCUUCUCUUUACCUCCACUGGUCAUUCUGUCUGGAAUUUGGAGUGCAGAGUAUGUGGAGAAAAUAAGCCAAUGGAAUAGAUAAAACAAAGAGAGAAAAUCAAACAAAAUGGACCUGCAAAUGAGAAAAAAAAGAAAAAAAUUAAUGUUGCAAAUAUACCUUCUGUUAAGCAGAGCCAAAAACUUUUCUUCAUAAAGCAUGAGUUUUGAGGAAAGUUCAGUGAAGUCCAUGAUCUCCGCUAUUACAAAUAUGUGAAAGAUAUGAUAUAUUGCAAACUAGUAGAAAAUGUUUGAGAAUGUAGUGAGUGAUAAAUAUCUUAGAGAAAAGAGUGAGACAUUGAUAAUGAAAAUAUAAAUAUUUUUAAUUGGGGGGAUGGUGUUACUGGCCAGAAUGACAUGAAGUUAUAGGUGACCCAACUUAUUUCUGAUAUUAUUCUAAAUAAUAUUAUUAAGUCUAUAGCCCUACAGUGCAGUUAAAGGCGUUCCUAAACCAACAAAAUGCCAGUAAUUUACAUUUACGUAUGGGAAACCACCAUUUUAGAAAGAAUGAAAAAUAUAGUUUCAGAGUUAGACGGUGUGCAAAUCCAAAGUAAAAAAAAAAAUUGGUGCACCCAACAGUGGCCGUAUAUCAUAUGUUUCCGACGCGGUAAUACUGCAACGUCCAGGGAAUGAUGGUAAUUAAUUUCUAAGAUUAAGGUUUUCUGUGAUGCCUCUUAUUUGAAGAGUAGAGAGCAUAUAGCCUCGAGAUAAAGUUACUUGUUAAGACAGUGACAUUAAGGUUUAGUCAGUGUUUGAGAUAUAAUUGACAUCCAGACAAGUUUAGAGAAAUGGCUGUAUAAACUAGCAGCUUUGUUAGAAAUGAGGAGAAAAAGUAAAUACUGAUAAGAUCCAAACGUCUGACUAAAUCUUAAGGUCAUAUUAUACAAGAGCUCAGGAGUUUCCUUAAUUUCUUGCAUAUGUCUCUCAUUACUCAGUGAAUAAUAUGUUUAUUAUACAGUAAGCUUCUGUAACUCUUUUUCUUGUAAUAUUUAGGUAUUUGUAAUUUGUAGAUAUGAAGAUUAAUUUGAAAUUAAUAGGAUCUCAGUAAUACUUAGGCAUCCCUUUGGAUGUUGAGUCACUUCGUAACAGAAGAGGUAGCAUGAGAGGAGGAGGUUUUUACCCCUUGUGUCAUCACAGUCUGAUAGGGUUUAUUAUGAAGAAAAGCUAUUGUCUGAAACACCAUGUUGGAGGAAGAUAAUGAUGAGUCACUUCACAAAGACUCUGGAGCUAAUGGACUCAUAUGUAACAUUAGCUUAAACAAAAAAAGAAAAUUUUGGAAUGCAGUGUGCAACAAAAUCCAUGUAGUGCAAGGUUUAACGGUGACUCCACAAAUCUGACAUUCAUAGGAGGCGAGGAUUGAAGUGGUUGUGAAUAGAUUAGUUUCAAGAUGAUGCCAGUCCUCGAUUGUGAUAGUUUGUGAUCCUCAUCGAUAAAGUGUUGGGAUGAUGCUGUAGAUACUCAUUUGUUAGAUUCUGGGAGAACACUAUCUUAUGAUGACCUAUAUAGUGCAACUUAUUUUGAGAGCUUGCAUCUGCCCAGCAAGGCCCUGUUUGUGUUACAUUUUGGUUACUGUGUGAAAAUUGUCCAUUCAUAUUUUGGCCAGGAUGUCACAUGAAACUUGUGUUUCAUGUGAUGACUAGAAAAUAAAUAAUAUCUGCUACCAA